UAUCGUUCAGGGGAGAAAAUGAGUUUGUGGGUUGAUAAAUAUCGACCAUCGUCCUUGGCCAAACUCGACUACCACAAGGAGCAAGCAAACCAGCUCAAAAAUCUGGUCCAGUGUGGUGAUUUCCCCCACUUGUUGGUUUAUGGACCGUCUGGUGCUGGUAAGAAAACCCGGAUCAUGUGUUUGCUCAGAGAGCUGUACGGUCCCGGGGUCGAGAAACUCAGGAUUGAACACCAGUCCAUCACGACUCCAUCUAAAAAGAAGCUUGAAAUCAACACAAUUGCCAGCAACUACCAUCUAGAGGUGAAUCCAAGUGAUGCUGGGAACAGUGACCGUGUGGUCAUUCAGGAGCUGAUCAAAACUGUUGCCCAGUCUCAGCAGAUUCAGUCCAGUGCUCAAAGGGAGUUCAAAGUCGUGUUACUGACGGAGGUGGAUCGUCUCACUAAAGAUGCCCAGCAUGCCUUGCGCCGUACGAUGGAGAAGUACAUGUCCACUUGUCGACUGAUUCUGUGCUGCAACUCAACCUCAAAAGUGAUUGCCCCCAUCAGGAGCAGGUGUCUGGCUGUGAGAGUCCCCCUGCCAAGUGUGGAAGAGGUGAAGGUUUCU